AUGGCUAACGGCGCUGACUCUCCCCUCCCACCCAAGGGCGAUACCUCUUGGAAGAUCACAAACAAGAUUGCAAAGGCCGAAAAGGAAGGUCGCAUCUGGUGGAGCUUCGAGUACUUCCCUCCUCGUACUGCACAGGGUCUCACCAACCUCUACGACCGAAUCGAGCGCAUGGCCGACCUCGGCCCUGAGUUUGUCGAUAUCACCUGGAACGCAGGAGGUCGCACCUCCGACCUCACCGCUUCGCUAGUCAAGACCGUUCACACCUACAUUGGUCUCGAGACUUGCAUGCAUCUGACUUGCACCAACAUGCCUCGUGAAAAGAUCGACACUGCGCUCAAGGAGGCCAAGGAAUUCGGUUGCCGCAAUAUUCUCGCCCUCCGAGGUGAUCCUCCUGCUGGUCAAUCCGAGUGGGAGCCCCACGCUGCCGGAUUCACUCGUGCACAGGAGCUCGUCCAGUACAUUCGCGAGAACUACGGCGACUACUUUGCCAUCGCCGUGGCUGGUUUUCCCGAGGGUCACCCCGAGGCCGUCGACGGCGCCGAAAAGGAGCUUCAACGUCUCAAGGAAAAGAUCGACGCCGGCGCCGACUUCAUCUUCACCCAGAUGUUCUACGAUUUUGACAUUUUCGCAAAGUGGGUCAAGGACGUACGAGCUGCAGGCAUCACCUGCCCCAUCAUUCCCGGUGUCAUGCCUAUUCAAACCUACGGCGGAUUUCAGCGUGCUACUGCUCGUUUCGGCACCCUCGUUCCCAAGUACUUCCACGACGCACUCGACCCCGUCAAGGACGACGACCAAAAGGUGCGAGAGAUCGGCACCCGUCUCGUCGGCGAGAUGUGCAAGAAGAUUGUCGGCACUGGCCUCGGUAUCAGUGGUCUCCACAUCUACACCAUGAACCUCGAAAAGGGCUCGCGAAUGCUCCUAGACUAUCUCGGCCUCACCCCCUCCGUCAACCAAGUCAGCCCUCUUCCAUGGACUCCCAGUCUCACGCCGAAGAGGCGUGAUGAAAAGAUCCGUCCCAUCUUCUGGGCCAACCGUGCUAAGAGCUACGUCAACCGUACCGAGACUUGGGAUGAAUUCCCUAACGGUCGAUGGGGCGAUGCACGCUCACCCGCGUACGGCGAUGUUGACGCGUACGGUGUCAAGCUGCGAUACUCGAACGACGAGGCCAAGGAGAUGUGGGGCGCCCCGACUUCGCUUGAGGAUGUCAAGGCCCUCUUCGAAAAUUUCUGCGCGGGCAAGGUCAAAGCACUUCCAUGGUCCGAGACUCCCGUCGCACGCGAGACCUCGGUCAUCAGCGACAAGCUCACCAAGAUGAACCAACUCGGCUUCCUAACCAUCAAUUCGCAGCCCGCCGUCGAUGGUGCUCGCAGCGACGACAAGGUUCACGGUUGGGGUCCGAAGAAUGGUUACGUCUAUCAGAAGGCAUACCUCGAGUUCUUUGUCUCGCCCGAGGACCUCGACGCCUUGAUCGCCAGGAUCGAAGCCGACCCUCAGAUCACAUACCACGCCGUCAACGCGCAGGGUGACAUGCGGACCAACACCAAUUCGGAAGCGCCGAACGCCGUCACUUGGGGUGUUUUCCCUCACUGCGAGAUCAUUCAGCCCACCAUUGUCGAGUCGAUCUCUUUCUUGGCCUGGAAGGACGAGGCAUACGAAAUUGGCAGAAAUUGGGCCAAAGUUUACGAGCCUUCGUCGCCCUCGCGCAAAUUCCUCGAGGACAUGUUCGACAGCUACUUCCUUGUGAACGUGGUGCACAACGAUUUCAAGGCGGCCGACUCGAUCUUUGAGCCAUUCCUGAGCGCUUCCAAGGCCACAAAUGCUGUCAAUGGCUCCCUGUCGGGUCUGGGUGCAGCCGUCAGCGAUGCAGCCGGGCGUGUAGCUGAGUCGAUCUCGUCGCUCACCAACGGCGUCUCGCACGGAAACAAUUCGGCACCUGCCCCCACGGCCUGA